CGGAAACUCAGAGGAGCGGAUCAUGGUGAUACACCGUGCGAGCAGAUUGUAAACAAGUGUUAAAAAGGGUGUUUUUUUAAAAAACUCAAAUUAAAGAAAAUAAUCAGCUCCGUCCGUAGACCAGCUGACCCCCCGCCGACUCCAUGCCGAGGCUAUGGCAGACAGACUGGAAAAUGAGGUAGAGGAGGCGGACCAGAUCUACCUGCUCAUGAAGGAGGACUACCGGAUCUCUAGAAAUGUGCGCCUGGCGUGGUUCCUCGGUAAACUCAACCAUGUGAUCUGGCCAGCCUCGAUGCCUGAAGUGCUGAGCUCGGGAAACGAGCUGGAUCUGCUGAGUGCCUUACCUAAAGGAUGGCAGCCAGAGAGCCCCCCCAGCACACACCCGUGUGUUCUAAUGCCAUCUACCCGGGCUACCUUUCUGGCUCGCAGGUACCGCUUCAUCAUCGAGCUGGACCUCAGCCCCUCCACAGGAAUUGUGGACGACAGCACAGGAGAGAUGAUCUUUGAUGAGGUGUUUCAUGCGCUGUCCCGAUGUCUGGCUGGUCUGGCUCAACCCUUCAGAGUCCCUGGAACAGAUCAGCUCUUCAAACCCAAGAUCUUCAUCACCAUCUUGGUGUAUUCGUCCAUUAUCGGCCUCACCUCACAUCAGGUUUUAGUGCAAGGAUGUCAGCUUGAUAGAAUCGACCUCAACGAGUUCCUGAAUCAGAUCUACCAGCAGCUCAGAGCGCUGGAGAGCAGCACUGCAGAAGUCCUUCACCAGCAACAGGACCAGGUCAGUCCUCAUGAGUCCCCAGAACCAGCGCAGCAGAGAGAGAACUUGGAAGGCCAGACUCUAAGGAAGCAGAGCAUGUCCGUGGUGACCCCAGAUAUGGGUCUGGUCAGCAUGGUACGACAGGGAAUUCUGGCCUUACAGCUGCUGCCCCCAAAUUCCAGCGCAGGCAUCAUUAUCAUCACAGACGGUGUGACGAGUGUUCCUGAUGUGGCCGUGUGUGAAACGCUGCUGAACCAGCUCAGGAGUGGAACUAUUGCAUGUUCCUUUGUGCAGGUUGGUGGGGCGUACUCGUACGACUGCAGCUUUGGCUACAUCCCAAAUGUGGAGCUGAUGAAGUUCAUAUCAUUAGCCACCUUUGGUUCCUACUUGUCCAGUUGUCCAGACGUGGACCAGAACAGUCAGGAGAUUAAUUCUUACCACAAGGCAUUUUUAACCUACUCCUUCCUGAAGACCCCUGAGUCUCUGAACUCUGAGUACUUCUGUGUUUCUCAGGACAAACUGUUCAAUGAGCACCUGGUGUCGGCCAGCGGCAAUCCCGCCCUGGUCAUGAGGAGGAAGAAGCACACAGAAAAAGAGGUUCAUGCUCAUCUGAUCAGCGUGGUGUCAGUUCGCCUCAGAGAGGGCUACACCAUCAGGGACAUCAGCCUCACCAAAGGUGGGACCCAGCUGGAGGUAAAGUUGGUUCUGUUGUGGAAACAUAACAUGCAUAUAGAGUACCUAGCAGCCGCCUCCUGGCCUCUGGGUGCCUCUAACAGAACCACCAGGGUAGAGGUGACGAUGGAGGGCAGCUACGACAUCCUGCACGAUAUCAGCUGCACCCAAAGGAAGCCCAUCACCAGUCCAUACCGAACCUCUGUCAUCCGCCGCUUCUGGAACACACUUCAGAGCAUCAACCAGACCGAUCAGAUGUUGGUACAUCUGCAGUCCUUUAACUCUAUUCCUGAGAACUACAUGAUUCCAGAAAGCACCAAAAAUGGAGUGCCCCUGUUCUACAUACCUCCAGGCUCAACCACCCCGGUUCUGUCUCUGCAGCACAGUGGGUCCAAGGAUUCCUCUCAGUCCCAGUUUGCUUUGUACUGGAAGCCCAUCCUCUCCAUGGAUACCAACUUCUGGCAGCGAUGGCUACACAUGCAUCGCAUCACUAUCAUCUUGGAGCAUGAUUUACCUAUCCCCAAACAUCUGCACACAGCUGGAAAUAAUGGCCGUUACAGCACCAUUCAGUGUCGCAUCUCCCACUCCGCUCUGACAUCCCUGCUGAAGGACUGCAGCAGCUUUGUGUUGGUGGAGGGUUACUCCUACGUAAAACUCAUUUACAGUUCAUCUGACCAGACUCCCACCUCCUUCUACCUGGUUCGUGUCAUCUCCAAGACCCCCUGCAUGGUUCUGCGUCUGGGCUUUCCUAUCGGAACACCAGCCAAUGUCAGAAACAAGAUUGUGGAUGAACUCCGACAGCAGAUCCUCAAGCUCCGCUUUCCUCAUCGUGUUCAAAACAAAGAAGCCACACCAAAAACCAAGAGGAAGAUUGUUGGUAACGCAUCUCCAUCUAAGUGUCCCCCUACCACUGCUGCCAAGCCUGCCCUGUCAGACAGACCCUGUGUUGUGGUGCUUAACAAGCCUCUGGAAAAGCUGCUAAUCAGGUAUGAGAAGCUGCCUUUGGACUUUAGGACUCCCUUCAUUUUCAACAUGGAGAACUUUCCAGUGCCUUCCAAUAGUGCCGUGCCUCUCAGCAUGGCAGCCAACCGCACAGCCUCCUCCACCCUGGCUUCGCUCUCCCGUUACUUUCUCCACCGGCGGUGGGUGUGGGCCGUGCAGAGUGGUCACGGACCGGCGGUAACCAUGCAGGCGGUCGCCCACAUCCUGUCAAUGCUGUCUGAGAUUCGUGUUUCAGAAGGUUUUCAUUUUGCUGCCAGUGGAGAGGGUAUCAUGAACAUGGUGAUUGAGCUGCCAAUGAAGAGCAUGUCAGAAGACACUGGCCGAGAGAGUCACUCCUGCCUUGUCCAGUACAUCCUGUUUCCACCCCACUCAACCACCAGCAAGGACAGCUUCUCCACCGAUGAUGACAACGACACAGAGGUGGAGGCUGUGGAUGUGGACACAGAACUGAACCUGGUGACGGAGUGCUGGGUGGAGCCACAGAGCGGCAUCGUGAUGAACUGCAUGGAUCAGCAGCGACACUUCCAGGGCCUCAAGUACCAGGAGGUCCCACAAGCGAUCUUCCCAACAGAUCUAGCGUGUAUGUCCACCAUGAUGACGUUUGAGUAUUUGAGCCAGCUGUGUCAGAAUAAGAACCAGGUUUGCGCGCUGCCUGUUGGAUUCAAGGAUUUGCAGGAAGUCCUGGCCUCUGAGGACAACAUCCAGAUGGUUCCUUUCCAAUUUGAUCUCAUCCAGCUCCUCCCUAACUGUCAGCAGGUUGAACUCUUCUUCUUCACAUUCAGUGCAGGUGUAGAGAGCGAGGAAGAGGCCCCUAGCUCCUCAAAUCUGCCCAACGAGCUCCUGCUCAGCCUCUUCCACAGCAGCCUGGAGCAGGAGCUGAGCGACAGAGAGGUCCCACUAGCAGCCAGUGACCAUGUUGCCUUCAUGCAUCACAUCUUGGAGCGAGAGCGAGAUGGGCACGUGGCUCCGUUCUCUUUAUCUGUUAUUAAAGAGGAAAGUAUUAAAGCUCCAGACAGACAGGAUACUGUGACAUCAUUUCACACCACCAGCAGCAGUAAGGAGGUGAUGGGAUCUACAAGCACUUUACAGAGCUUCAGUAAUGCGGACCUUGUAGAUGAAGAGCCCUCGCUGUUGGGGAGGAGCUUCUCUACACCACAGUGGAGGUGUUACACCAAGUACAUCAGCUCCCAGCAGCUGCUCCUCACCUUUCUUCCUGCUUCCUUUGCAGAUGUUCUGAUGUUGAUGGGAUCAGUAGAUGAGACUGAGCCUCAGAGAACCUUCAGUGCACAGGAGGAUGAUACCCUGACUCCCAGCAACAAGUCUCAGGCAGACUCCUUGUCGAGCUCCACCAGUGGUCUAGACAGGUCUGAGUCCGGCCACAGGACAUCCAGCAGCGGACUCUUCCCAAUCAAGUCACCUCCCCCCUCACAGGCUUCUGAGAUCCACACCGAGUCUGUUGAGUCUUUGAGUUUAGACCCUGACAGUUUGGUUGGCAGACUGUCAGACAAAGAAUUUGGCACACCAAGCUCAGGUCUUGGAGGAAAAGAGGGAGUCCAGUUUUCAGAACCACAGAAGGUGGAUGUGCACAUCAGCUUCAGCAGGCAGGUUUCACAGCACAGCACCAACAGCAACUCUUUAAAAUGCCCAGUUUACAUCUACAACUGCUCCCUGGAGCAACUUAAGGAGAAGCUAGUGCAGCCCAACUCCAUCCACCAGCCCAAAGACGUCUUCUUCAGAUCUCUGUCUCAGGACCGCAGCAGUCCAUCUCCCUGGACGGAGCUCCUGGCUCAGCCUCACAAACAUAAAGAGCUGGCUAACUACUGCAGCCUGCUGCAGGAACACUAUCACCAAAGCUUUGUUAAAGGUGUGUACCGAAGCCUGCAGCAGUCCUACUGCAUCAGCUCUCAGGAUGUCCUGAUGGCAAUGGACUACUGUGAAGAGUCGCUGCAGGAGAUUGACAUCACUGCCUUCCUUCAGGCCCUCUGUGGACACAUAAGGACCUUCAGGACGAGUAGGAUGACUCCUGGGCCAAGGCCAAGUCUCAAACCUUUAAGAAGCCCUGCUACCUUUGUUAUUGGAGAAGCUGAUCAGGAUCAGGCAGAAGGCAGGGCAGCAGUAGCCUCCUCAUCCAGCAGUAGUGUGGAAGUGGAAGAUGCCUGUGAAGCAGAAUCUAGAGGGAUGGUCUCUGCUCCCACGUCUCCACCGGACGUGAAUGAGUCCAGAACACCAGAGUUCCCUCUGAGCCUACUGCAGACGCAGCCCAGGUGUGCAGUGCAUCCAGAUGUGCACACUAUCAUUCAGGAAAAGUUCAUGGACAUCCUGUCCCAGUACUUCAAAUGUGUCCCUUCCAAUCCUCACUACUUCUUCUAUUGUCCCGCAUCAUCCAAGAAAGAGGUGGACUCAGAGGAUGAAGAAACGGAGAGAAGACCCAGUGAAGAGCUGCUGUCAGAGGCUGAGCCUGCGACUGAAGAUGAGCACAUGUCCGGCUGCUGCAUCAUGUCGGAGAGCGACACAGACCUUGUGGUGGAGUACGUGGAGCAUCAAGACAUCAACUCUCAUGGGGAGGGUGAAGACCGCUCCCUGUCAGACUCCAACACGGUAAACCAGGACCAGGAUUCCUUCAGCAUCUUGGAUGGGGACUCGCUGCUGGAGCCUGAGGCGCCCCAGCUGGACAUGCCCCCACUGUUUGUUCAUGUCACAUGUUCCGUUAACAUGAAGAGCAGCCACGGCUCCAUGCCCAUCCAGACACUGCCUACCUGUCUCGGGGAGAUUAUUUCCUGCCUGGAGAAUUCUAAUGUCCUAUCGUCUGUCGAUCUGAGUGAGCUCUCAGUCACCCUGGAUGUUUUUGUUCUGACUCUACCAUUGGACAUCGAAGUCAUGACCGAUUUUCAUCACAACAGGUACACCUCAGAGAGCAGCGUGUCUCUGAAUCGCUCACCGGCACAGCCCUCCUCCUACCACUCUGACGAGGAGCUGGAUAGUCUGAAAGCAGCAGGCUCCAUUGGUGUUGCUGGUGAUCCGUUAUCCAAACUGCCACUUCCCCACAAAUUCGCCAUUUUAGCCACCAUAGAUGAGAUCCGCUGGCUGCUGGAGGACGAGAUUGUUUCUGCUCUGCGUCACUCUCGGGUCAUCAGCUCAGCCACGCUGCACAAAGUAGCAGAACAUGUCUUCUGCUCUAACAGUCGGCCGCACUGUCACUGUGAAGACGUCCCUCUUCAGUUUGUCUUCGGGCCUGAACUGUCUCUGGAGAAAUUCAAAGAGGAGUUUCGCAGGAUAUCGUUUUCUGGCUACAGUUUAAAUGCGGAGCAGGACAACUUCUACUACAUGUCCCUGAGCAGGCUUCACCCUCGGAGGAUCCAGGCUGCCCAGAGGCUGUCAGAGAGCCCUGCAGACCCCCAACAGCUCCCCCACCCUUACAGUGCUAGGGAUCCCAGGGAGGUCAUGGUGCUGGAGAGCCAAGUAGAGAGUGAUGACAGGAAGUCCAUUCGUCUCACUGCUGAUGUUUCUGGUGACAAGCCGGUGGAGGUCCAGAGGCCUGAAGCAGAUGACGCUGUCAGCACCGGCGGGGACAGAUGUCACCCCAGCCCCCUCCAGCUUCAGACGCAAAGCUGCGCAGAACCCAGCUCACCCCCCCACAUGGCUUCUAGCGUCAGCCUGGCUGAGUCGGUGCAGUCCACCUCUCACAGCAGCAGCAGGCUCAGACCCAGCCGCGUCCAGAGUGUGGUUUCCAGCCAGGGCAGCAUGGACUCAGACAUGCAAGGCUACGACGGCGGCAGCAGCAGCGACUCGGAGUGUGAGAGCCCCAUCCUGGACGAGCAGGAGGGUCAGCCUUCUCUGAUGCCAGACUUCUGGCUGAUUGUGAGGAUCUACCAGGACAAAGUGAAGGUCUACUCCCAUUCCAGAUGCUUUACAGAAGGAAGAGAAGUUACAGGAGAUGAGUUAGAGAAGAAAGAGGAAGAGCAGGAGCUUCCCGAAUCUCUCCAGCUGCACAAGUGGAUGGUCAGGAAGAUCGGAGAGAUCUGCAGAAUCGUCAACCAGCGCAUGCUGCUGCAGGACCUGCACGACAGACACAUGUGUAACAAGCUGCUGGUGGCUGAGAGUGAGGAGGACAUCUGGAAAAACGAGUCACUGUAUAAGCAGAAGCUGAGCACCACUGAAGAUUACAACACAGAGGAGAGCUACCAGGCCAGAGACUACCUGGCAGCCACCAUGCAGUUCAUUCCAGGACAUUUUGCAUGCGAUGUAGUGUGGAGCACCAUCAUCCACAUUCAUCCACGCCUCAAAAUGGGACCCAACAUGGGCGUGUCCCGGGCUAUCCAGGCUCUUCGAUCCGUGCUGAAUUCUUUCUCCGUGGUCAACAGGAAGAACAUGUUUGUUUACCAAGAACGGACGACCAAAUCGGUCUUCUACCUCAGACUGUGUGAGACCUCCCUGACAGGGAAGUAUUCAGAUGUGGAAGGAAACAACCACACGACCCGUUCCAUUGGGCUCAUCAGGAGUCAGGAGCCUUCAUAUUCUGAAGACCUUACGGGCUCCAGGUGUUCUUUGGAGGGCUCUCGACCGAUUGGACAAGUAGACAAGCACAUCCUGCUGUUGGUGCAUGGAGUGGGCAAUGCAGGUCCAGAGAUCACAGAUGAGCUGGUGAAGUUGCUACGGAAACGCCUGGAUGAGACUACGUUGGACAUCAUCACAGUGAUGCUCGUGAGGAACUGCAAGCUGACGCCAGCCGAUGUGGAGUUCAUCCAGCCAUCAGGAUCUCCAGCUACAGAGUUGAUGAUUUACAGCCUCCCACCUUACUGUGUGUCUUGGCUGCCUGCAGUGGCCCACUACCUCAGACAGAACCUUCUCAUCUUCCUACACAUUCCCAAGUACACAGACAGCAACACAGCACAUCACUUCAAGCACUACUUUCAUCUAGACUAUGAGCUGGCUGAUGGGGAUAUCUACCUCUACAAUAAACCUGGAGGCCAGGGUACAGGAGGCAAAGGGAUCGCCUGCAUUGCCCUUUCCUUUGUGGAUGUUCAAGGUCGGCCUGUUCAGGUUGCAGCUCAGGAGUGUUCUGGCCUAGAGAACUGCAGCCCCCCACUCCACCCAGAACACUUUGAGGAGCUGACACGCGUGGUUAAAAUGGAGACCAUGAGUAUGAGCCAAGGUUCAGCGCCACAGCUGUACGUACGCUUCGACAUCUGGGAACAAGGCAACAUCAGCCCCUUACAGCUCAGUCAUAAACUACAGGGGGCACUGCGCCAUGCAAUCUGUGAUGUUGUCAUGGAGACCAGAGUCCUUCCGCAUCCUCUGUGUGUUGGGGUCUCAGCAAGUAAAACUCAGAUGGAAGAGUCCAAAGGACAGGGGAUUUUCUUCUCUGAGGGGAAGGAAGGUAAAGACAGUCAGAGGCAGCGCAGUGGUUCCCGUGUCUUCAAAAGCAGCCCGUCUCCGAUCAUCCCAAUCCAGACUGUAGGUGCUACCCCUGUGACGGGGACAAUCACCCCCGAAUCCACCACACCCACCAACAAGAGCACACGCCGGAGCUUCUGGGAUAUACUGAGUAAGCCUGAUUCAGGGGACCUUAGUAGCCCCAAGACCACUGAUGACAUUGUUCAGGAGAAGGGAGAGGAGGGGCAAGCUACACGACGAAGGCACAAGACUGAGAACGUAAAGCAGCAGUGGAGCCAAGACAAGGCUGUGGAUCUGGACCAGAUUCAAAGGAGGCGGGUGUCUCAGCUGGAGGAGGGUGAUGCAGGAACGUUGCACCCCGUCUAUCAGAAGACCUGUGAGCUGUGGAUCACCUUCAUGGCUAAACUGGACUGCCCCUCCAUUCAGAAGUGCACAACAGAGAUCACAUCCCAUUUCCUGCUGCCUUCUAUCUUGACAGAGAUUGUCACUUUGGUCAGUUCUCUGGCUGGAGAUACAACAGUCAAGGUCUUUGAGAAAACUAGCUGCCCCCCUUCUGGAGAUGUUUUUGUUCCGUUUCCUCUGGUCCAGAGCUUCAGCCAGCCUCCAGAUACUACACAGAGCUUCAUUCUCAUUGGCCGAAACUUCCAUCAGUGGCACUACUGCACAGAGCAAGAAGACAGUUCAGAUGAAGAAAACUCCCCAGUGCUAAAUAGGUUCACACCUCAUAAAGGAUUCCAGCGCUUCGAAGCUCUGGAGCAGAGUGAUCCUGCAAGUCCGUGUCAAGCUGCGACUGGACUAGCUCCCCGCCAGAGGUUCCUCUUCCUCAGCAUCCUGGACAAAAAGGUGACCCUGUACAGUUAUAAUUGGUCUGUGGACCUGGGCGCUGCUCUGAACCGCGACCUGGUUCGGCUCAUUAAGUGGCAGAAUGCACGGGCUCAUGUUGUAUUCUGCCUGUUCAACCAGAAGAUGGGCCUCUUCCACCACCACUGCUUCUCUGAUGCUCCUCUUCAUGACAUAGACUCCAAGCAGGAUCCCAACCCGUUUCUCAGUCCUUCCAUGGAGCCUGAUGCGUUGCUGCGUAGUGCUGUUCCUCCUUUGCCCAGUAAGGAGCAGGGAAGGCUGGGAAGCUCUGCUAGAACUCUUGCUCCACUCCACUUCCCUUCUGAGCUGCUCCCUUUUGAUGAGGCCCUUAGGGACGUUUGCACCAUACGACCCUUGAUGGAAGGAGAUGUGGUGGCCCGUCAUGGUGGGCAGCUCCUGGAGAUCAAAGCUGCUGAGCGUAGAGAAAUGGAAAAACAGAUGAAAAUUGAAAAUUUGUUUGUGACUUGGCAGCAGAGGUCAGCACAGUCCAACAUGCCCAUUUCAGGGACAGAUUUGGGGAUUCUGAAGCAGUCUUCAAGACUUGUCCACUACUGUGCCACCCCUCUUCUAUUUGACCCCACCUUCCGAAAGCAGAUCCAAGAAGAAGCCACAGCUCUACCUCAGCUAAAGAAAAGGCACCGCUCCAGUGACUCCACAGCAUCGGGCCGAGACCGAAGCUACAGCACCGAUUCCAGUGAGAUGCUUCCCAGCCGGCUCAAAGAAGAACCCUGGCUGCUUGAGAUUUCCAGCAACUUCCUCCAGCAGUAUGUCCAGUACCUGCAGAGCAUGGGCUUCAUUCUGGUCCAGGUCCGGCCUCCAUCUCCAGCUCGCAGCAUUGCUCGGGCCCGUGCGGCCAUGCUGAACUCUAUGUCCCUGGAAGGAAGGAUGUCAUUUUCUUAUGUGAAGCAGAAGAGUGAGGACAGCCCUAAGGCUAUGUCACCUGGCACCAGCGCCUAUCACCUCCAGAGGGCGCUGCCAGGGGGGAUCGUGCUGAUGGAACUGGCCUUUCAGGGCUGUUACUUCUGUGUGAAGCAGUAUGCACUGGAGUGCUCCCGCAUUCCAAUGGGCCAGAGCGUUAACUCGCAGGGCAGCCUCAUCACCAAACUUCGUUGCAAGCCGUUUCCAGAUGCCACAGCAGUAUCUGAUUGUGCGCUCUCCAUGCUUUUCACCGAGGAGUGUGAUAAGGUACGAGACCUGAUGCACGUCCACUCCUUCAGCUACGACUUCCACCUACGAGUGGUUCAUCAGUACCUGGUGGGCUGUCACAUGACACUGCGGCAGGGCUACCAGCUCACUGAAUUCCUGGACGACUUCAUCUCCCAUCACCCAGACAUUCCCAAGUUUGGACAUAAUCACGUCUUUCAAGGGAGCUUUUCCAUUUCCACGGGGAUGAUAACGGCUCACCAGCUCUACAACUACAUCACGGACCAUGCAGGCACCUACGGAAUGAAGCCUCUACGGAUGUCCAAGGGUGCAGUCCCCACUGACACUAAGAAAGGGACGCCAGACCUGCACGAGUAUGCCCUGGUGGCACUGUGGAACAGUUCUGGCUCCUACAAGGACCUGGAGGGUCUUCAUCACCAUGAUGACUUUGACGUGUCCCUGGUGGUGUGUCAUAAUGCCGCCCCCUUCGAGGAGCAGUCGGACGGAGAGAGGCAUCUGCUGAGGCUGAGGUUCUACGUUAUCAUGACCAGUCAGAGGGAGUUGUUUCCCCGCCUCACCGCUGACAUGCGGCGCUUCAAAAAGCUUCCUCCAAUCUACCGCGAUCUCUGUGAGCCUGGCGAGAGGCUGCCUUCAGAUCAAGCAGAGGAUGCUGGUUCUGGUGGGAAUGACCAGGACCUCUGGGAGGAAACCUCCUCUGAAGCUCCUGCUGCCUCAGCCCCAAGUGACGGCAAUGAGUUUUACCCUCUGGCAGGAGGUCGACCGGGGGCUCAGGGACUGAUGUACGCGUCACCUUUGUUCCCUCUUCUCAACAACGAAGUGGCAUCAGCUCGUAGGCAGAUCCAGACCAGCGUGGAGCAGGCCAUGGGUCACUGCCGCAGGGACAACCUGUGGAGGAGAUUAUUCCAUGGAGAGCAUGUGGCCCUGGACAAACUGAAGCUGGCCAAGCUGUCAUUCACAGAGCUGGAGGAGCUGCUGCAGGCCGUGCAGAGCCGCUCUGUGGGGGAAAUCGAUCCUCAGCUGGACUGUUUUCUCACAAUGAGCCCAGCGUGGUACCAAGGCCUCAUCAAAGUCCUGCUGAACCGAUUCCCUCAAAGCUGCAGACACUUUGAUGAAAGUGGUAUCCAGUAUCUGGCUGUGCUGAACCAGAAGUUCACUGACUGCUUUGUUUUGGUCUUUCUGGACAACCAAGCAGGAAAAACAAGCCUGAAGGUUGUGUUUCGAGAGCCGCUGCCGUCACAACCACAAGCCGGUGGCAGUCCUCCUCCUCAGCUGGUGUCCAUGUACCACCAUCUGGAGUCCGUCAUCAACAUGGCAUGCUACAACCUCUGGACUGGACUAGUAUAGGGUCCACCGGCACUGGACUGAACUGUCUCAGCGUACCAAAUCAGUGUUAGGAGCUCUUAACAGAGCUUGGCCCUUGUUUAGAUGGGCUCAGUGUGGUGUCCAGCAGAGCUCCGCUGCCUUCACUCGGUACCAUGAAGUGCCUUUAUAGGUUUUUCUGUUCUUUUGUUUCUUUAAUCCUACAAACAGCUGUCAGAAACCCUGACACAGUCCUGCGCGUCCUUUGCUGACAUCUGAUUGGUUGCUUAUUACCAAAAAAAAAAUACUAGAAUUAGCUUUGGUGGUUUGCAUGAUAAACAUUGGCUAAGUGUUUCAAUGUGAGAAAUCAAUCGAUGAGUUAAUCAAACCUUAUUUCUGGAGCACCUUUCCUACGUCGUUUUGAAGUCGCUCAGGAUGAAAGUAUCUGCCAAAUGCAAACAUCAGUGUGUAACACAAAGUGCUUUACAGAAAGACAAACCUAAAAGAAAUGCAACAAACUGAUGAAAUAACUGGAAGUUUUUAAUGAUCAAACUGUAGAGCAGGGGUAGGCAGUCCUGGUCCUCGAGUGCUGCUGUCCAGCAUGUUUUAGUUUUUUCCAGUUCCAACACCUGAUUUUAAUCAGCAGGCGUUUAACAGGCUUCUGCAGAGCUUGUUGACCUGCUGAACAGGUGAUUGAAGCACUGAAUCAUGCUACAACCUGCUGGAUAGUGGCACUUGAAGGAAGGGACUGAGGAGAGCAGUUUUAUUGAUAUAGAUUAACGACAGGUCUGACCUGUGUGUUUUUAAUACUUGUGAUACAGUUCACCACCAGAAUCCCACAUGGCAACCCCCCAGAUGAAACAAGAGCCUACGGCUCUGAUAGGAACAGUGGAGUGGUCCCUCAAUAAUAACAAGAGAUUGUCUUGAUGCUAAAGGAAAUGUGUUACUAGUGAGAAUGUUUCUGUAAAGUGAACCGUAUUUCAUGUACAUGAUGUAAAUAUAGAACACUUUAUAAUGGAUGUAAAAUAUGGAGUAAAUAGAAUAAACAAUGGAUUUAA